AUGGAGGAGGAAGAGCAGGAGCUUCGCAAUCCCUACCCUUCGCCGCCAUCUAACUAUACCAACCAUACGUCUCAGAAUAUUGCACUUCUCGCCCUGCUUCGUGAACGUGUACCGGAGGGUGACAUUUCAGUGGAGAAACAGCGCGCAGUGCUUGAGGACCAGGCAGAUGUGCCGGACUGGCCACUUGUGAAUUUAGAGCCGCCACGCUCUGAUUGGAUAACUGAGGACGGUAGUUGGGCGGUAUUCGGGGAGAUAUGGAAUGUACAAGAGCAUCUGCAAACGCUGGAAGAAGCCGGGGGUCAGCAGUUGUAUCCUUCGGAUCCCAACGUCGAUAAACGGCCUGCCUUGUUGAAUAUCUUGCGCUCCAGCCUUGUCACGUACUCCUCCAUGCUUGGCGCUCUUCUGCUUCCUCCGGCAUCACUCACUCAGAAUAGAGGCGACGAGCUUCCAGAAUGGCAGCAACAGGCAGACUGGCUCGGUAUUCUUGCCUAUAAUCUCAUGGCUGGUGCAAAUGACUACCGCAAAGCUCAGGCUCGGAUAAAUGUGGAAGAGAUGAUGACCCGACAACUUGAAUUUCGGCGCGCAGAGACACAGGCCAUCCAUGAGAAGUGCGAUUCACUCGAAACCCAGCUUGCACAGCUUCGCGCCAUGGCUAAACUCACCGCGGAUGGACCGGCCACUGAUACAACAUCGCAACGAAAUGAGCAAACGGAUGUCGGCGUUCGUGGCGCGCAAUUGCCAGAAAUAUCCCUGGAUGAUGUCCUCCGCUGGGCUGAGGACCUCUGA